CCGAACUUUUGGCUCCGCGGUGGUCAAGCUUGCAGGCACGUCAAUUCUACUCGUGUCCAACCUCGCACCCACACCACAACACACCGCCGCCAUGUCGACGCACGAACACCUCUCCGCCGCCUCCAACGACCGCAAAGCGCGCCUCGCCCAGCUCAAAUCGCUCAAGCGCAAACAGCCCUCCUCCGACGCCGACACCACCGACAUCACCUCCGUCGCAGACACCACCUCCCCCUCCACCACCACACUCACCGCCCCCGCCUCCCCCCCCGUAACAAGCACCUACCUCUCCGGCCGCAACUUCGACCCCAGCACGCGCACCCUAAAACUCGGCUUCGAACACACCCCCAUCGCGGACCCAACCUCAACCCUCGAAUACCAGGCCGCGCAACUCGCACUCCAGACGCAACAAGCGCAGAAGCAAGAGGAUGCAGACGCGCCACUCGAUCUUUUCAAACUGCAGCCCAAGAAGCCGAAUUGGGACCUCAAGCGCGAUUUGGAAGCGCGGAUUCGGGAAGGCGGGUUGGAGAGGGGGUUUGAGGGGGCGGUGGUAAGGGCGGUGAGGGAGAGGGUUGGGAGGGGGAGGGAGGCGGGGGCUGAGGGGGUUGGGAUUGAGGGGGGGGAGUUGGUUGGCGGGGUGAGGGAGAGGGAGGUUGAGGAGGAGAGGGAGAGGAGGAGGGAGGAGGUUGAGGGGGAGGUUGAGGGGUGA